ACUCUGGCAGACUGACAGAGGACGGAGGGGCGAAGCAAAGAGGAACCUGUUAGAGAACAACAAUAAAGGAAAAGAAAGAACUUAAAAGAGAGCCAUCGGAGAGAAGCUAAGAAAGCUACAGGAAGGGAAGAAGAGCAGGAACCAGGAGGGAGAAAGAGGUGCUGUGUGCUGUGUGCUGUGUGAAAGUGAAACCAUCAACGAAAUCACAAAGUCACAAACUCCGUCCAUCACACCAUUCUUCAGAGGACGACAAGACAUAACUGCAACAUCCAGCCAAAAGCAGGGCUAUUGUUCUGUUUGUAGACCAAGUCAGCACUUACCUCAGUGUCAGGAACCAUUUUUUAUUUAAUUUUUUAGCAAGUGAGCCCAUCUGUCGAGAAGAAACCAUUUACAGAAGCAAACUUAGGCUAAAACCUACAAAACAGAACCUCAACAGUCAAAAAUGGCCCCCAAGAAGAAGGCCUCCCGUCAGAAGAAGCCCGCCGUGGAAACCAUCUCUCAGGUCGCCAUGGAGACCCCAGUCCCGCUGAAGGUGGAGAGCCGUGGUGACGGUGUGGUGGUGGUGGAGACCGGGGUGAAGAAGAUUGAGCAGAUGGCGGCGCUGGACAUCGCUCAGCUGAACAGCCUCAACCUGCCGCUGCCGCCGCCGGUCAUCAAGCCCGGGGAGAGGGGCUUUGGCCUGGGCAGCGAGCUGACGCGACCCCUGCACGGCAGCGCCCUGCUGGAGGAGCUCAGCAAGAUGCGGCAGGAGAAGUUCCUGACUGACCUGGAGUUGGCCUGUAAGACAAAGGCCUUUGACGUCCACAAGCUGGUCAUCUCCUCAGUCAGUCAGUACUUCAGAGAGAUUCUGGCCAAAGACCCUGGCAUGAAGCGCCUGGAGCUCCCCUCCCUCUCACCUCUAGGCCUGGCCAAUGUCAUCACAUUCGCCUACCUCGGUCGCGUCCACAUGUCCCUCUACACCAUUGGUUGCACCGCCUCCGCCGCCACUACCUUGCAGAUCCCUCAGCUCCUCAAGAUGUGCAUGGACUUCCUGCUGGCCGAGCUCAACGUGCAGACCUGCGUGUACAUCUGGAACAUCGCUGCCGCCUACGGCCUGCUGCCCGUGUGCGAUGCCGCCCGCCGCUUCGUCCUGGAGAACUUCGUGCAGUUCGCCGACACGCCGCUGUUCACCCAGCUGACCCUGGAGCAGAUCUCUGCCUUCCUGCAGGACGACGCGCUGCUGUUGCCCUCAGAGGUCACUGCCUUCCAGCUGGCCAUGAAGUGGCUCGACUUCGAGGCCUCUCGUCAGGCUCACGCCGCGGAGCUUCUGUCUCACGUCCGCUUCGAGACGAUCCCGGCCAGCGAGCUGGUGAGUCAGAUCCAGCCGGUGCCCCGCAUGAUGAUGGACCCUCAGUGUCACCGCCUGCUGGUGGACGCCAUGAACUACCACCUGCUGCCCUACCAGCAGAACACCCUGCAGUCCCGUCGCACUCAGGUCCGCGCCAGUCAGCAGACUCUGCUCACCGUCGGCGGUCGACCAUCACUCACCGAGAGAGCUCUCAGCCGCGAGGUGCUGUGGAGGGACCCACGUGAAGGUGGAGCCGCCUGGCGUCACCUCACCCAGCUGCCAGCGAAGAGCUUCAACCAGUGUGUGGCUGUAAUGGAUGGCUUCCUGUACGUGGCCGGAGGAGAGGACCAGAACGACGCCCGCAACCAGGCCAAACACGCCGUCAGCACCCUCAGCAGGUAUGACCCUCGCUUCAACACCUGGCUCCACCUGGCCAGCAUGCGUCAGCGCCGCACCCACUUCUCUCUGGCAGCCAGCGGCGGCCGCCUGUUCGCCAUCGGUGGCCGCAACGUGGAGGGUCUGCUGGCCACCACUGAGAGCUACCUGCCCUCCUCCAACACCUGGCAGAUGCGCGCACCCAUGGAGAUGCCCCGAUGCUGCCACUCCAGCGCCACCCUGCCCUCCGGAGACAUCCUGGUGACCGGUGGCUACAUCAACUGUGCCUACUCCCGCUCUGUGGCAUGCUACAGGGUGGAGACCGACACCUGGACUGAGAAGGCCUCCAUGGAGACACCCCGCGGGUGGCACUGCUCUGCCACUCUCGGAGGGAAGGUGUAUGUGGUGGGAGGCAGCCAGCUGGGGCCCGGCGGUGAGCGGGUGGAUGUGCUCUCCGUGGAGGUCUUCUCCCCAGAGAGUGGCACGUGGAGCCGAGCCGCUCCUCUCCCCCUCGGCGUGAGCACCGCUGGCCUGUCCCCGCUGGCCGACAAGCUGUACCUGCUGGGAGGCUGGAACGAGGCGGAGAAGCGCUACAAGGCGGCCGUCCAGAAAUACGACCCGGCCACUGACAGCUGGUCCAUGGCGGAGGAUCUGCCCGAGCCCACAGUGGGAGUGUCCUGCUGCACCCUGACCCUGCCGCCCCGCCCCGCGCCGCGCCGGCAGCAGCACCGAAACACCCCGGCCCACGAAGAGCAGCAGCAGAAGACCCGGAGCAGAGAGAGCAGCGUGGCCCCUUCACAAAGCACCACAGCAUAGGGAGACAAGGAGAAGGGAGAGACUAGAGCAGAGGAGGGCUGGUUUAACCUCAGGAGAACAUCUGGAUCAUGUCUGCUCUGAUUACUGAAAUUUAAAUUAAUUUCAGCCUGUAAAUAAUUACACAAAGAAUUCUGGAUUAAAAAAAGAAAAAAAAAACAAUACAACAUAGCAGAAAUAUGUUUUUCUUCAUUGUAUUAUUUAACUAAAAUAUAUUGUAGAAAUAUUUAAAAUUUAAAAUAAAUGUUUAAAAUACAUAUAUUUUAUAAAUGUAGUUCUGUACUGACAACAAUAAUUUGGCUUUUACUCCAUAGAUUUACAGUUUAGGUGAAGUACAAUCGUUCCUGAGGGGAUUUCAGAAUAUCAAAAAAACAAAAAACAACACCUGACAUCUGAUCUCCAUCGUUCUAAAUACAAGACAGACAAUUAGAUGCUAAUUUAAAAUACAACAGACAUACAUGCAGACCCAUGAAAUGCCCAUGUAUGUGCUGGUUUUACAGAGAGAGCCUGAUCCAGUGAUCUACAGUGAUCUUAGGAGGUUUUACAUUGGUGGAAACAAGAGGAGAAAAAGGUGGAUAAGGGAUGAAUUAUAGCGUGGAGCAGGUAAAGGCGGAGAGGUGAUGGAUGGAGGAGGAUGAUGAUGAAAGAUGGCAACAGUGGCUGUCUGUGUUUGGGCUGAACAAAACGUCACUGUGAAUCCACUGGCUGUUUGUGUACAAAGAUGUAUCUAUGCAGAGUGUGUGACGUCCAGCUGUGAAAAUAAGUGUGAAUGUGUGUGUGACAGAGAUGAGUGUGUGACAGGAGUGUGUGGCGGCUGCAGGAAAUGAGCCAAUUCUCACAAAAGCUGCAAUAAUUAAGAUUUCUCAUCAGCAAACUUGAAAUAUUUUUCACGAGGAUAUAAGCAGACCAGCAAUAAACAAACCAGUGUUUGUUUUAUUUACUGAAUCUGGUCAGUAGUGCAGCUCAACUGCGGCAAAAUAAAAUAUAGAUGCGCCGCUUAAAAUGAACAUUUUAUAAAUGCAAUGGAGUGAAACGAUUCAGGUGUGAACAGGAGAGGAAGGCGGUGUGAACACGAUGACACAGGUGAGAUUUAAAAGGAAAUAAAAGUGUCUUGGUUUCCGGUUCUACACUUCAACUUUCCAAAUAAACCAGGAAGAUUGAGAAAAAUCACAUAAACCUUUCAAAAAUGCAUAAAAAUCUGAAAAAUAUACACAAAAAUCCAACAAAUAAGGAAAAAAUCCCUACACCUCACCUGUGUUUCAAAACAUUUGCCAUCCGUUGACAUCUAAUUUUUACUGAAACUAAGUCAAACUCAACUGAAGAAGCAGUGAGACUCCAGCAGAUGGAAAUACAAGAUCUCCUUCUUCUCACCCUGGUCCUGGAUACUGAUUAAUGUAGUUUAUCAUGAGACACAAUGAGGCUGAUCUGGCUCAUUUGAUUGGCUGAAUCCCUCUGUAUUUGUCCAUGUCUUGGCACUGGAUGAGUUCUGUGCUGGUGGUCUCUGUGGGGUUUCAUGAAUAAAAGCCAA